GGCAGUAGUAGCCGAGGGGGCAGUGCGCAGCCCCCACCCCUCGCCUGGCCCGAGCCGGGCCGCCCGCCCGCCGUGCAGCGCAGCGCAGCGCCCGCAGCCAGAGCCGGCACCAGCCCUAGCCCUGCGCCUGCAGCCCAGAGUCUAAAAUGUCCACUGAAGGGCAAAGAGUUGAUGAUAGCCCAAGCACUAGUGGAGGCAGCUCUGAUGGAGAUCAACGUGAGGGUGUUCAGCAAGAGCAAGAAAGGGAGCAGGUUCAACCCAAGAAGAAGGAGGGCAAGAUCUCUAGCAAAACAGCUGCUAAACUGUCAACUAGUGCUAAAAGAAUUCAGAAAGAACUUGCAGAAAUUACAUUAGACCCUCCUCCAAACUGUAGUGCUGGACCCAAAGGAGACAACAUUUAUGAAUGGAGGUCAACUAUACUGGGGCCUCCAGGUUCUGUGUAUGAAGGGGGAGUUUUCUUCCUUGACAUUACCUUUUCACCAGACUAUCCUUUUAAACCACCUAAGGUUACAUUUCGGACAAGAAUCUAUCACUGUAAUAUUAACAGCCAAGGAGUGAUCUGCCUUGACAUUUUAAAAGACAACUGGAGUCCAGCAUUAACCAUUUCUAAAGUUCUCCUCUCCAUCUGCUCACUUCUUACAGACUGCAACCCUGCUGACCCCCUGGUUGGAAGUAUUGCCACUCAGUAUAUGACUAACAGAGCAGAGCAUGACAGAAUGGCCAGACAGUGGACCAAGAGAUAUGCUACAUAGGAAUCUACUAUAGAACAUGCUGGACCUGUGCAAGCACAUUCACUAAGUGCAUCAAUAGCCCUUCCCUCCCCUUUGUUCUUAUUUUUUAUUACAUUUUGAACAAUUUUGUGACAAAAGGUUCCUUCCUUCCUUCCUUUCUGUUUUUAUUUGUAUUUGGUUCUUUGUUUGUUUGUUUUGGUUUUGGUUUUUCAUUCUGUUAACUUGAAAGUUGCUUCCCUCAAAUGUAGACAGGGAAUUUUGGUUAUCAGUGCAAAGAAUGUUGGAUCUGUAAUAGUAUAGAGCUUUGUCCCAAAGCUUUGUAUUGAUGUGUGGUUUUUUUCCUUUCAUGUGGUCUUUGGGAAAACAAACAAAUUCAGAAUUAUAUCUCGUUUCUACUUAAAUGUAGUGUUUAGGGUUAUUUUUUUGUACUGAAGUCUUUAAUGGUGGGUGCAUGCUACUGGGAACAAGUUUUGUAUAAAAGCUUAAAAUCAAGAAUCACUGUGCAUUACUAAGACUGUGUUUAUCACUAGCCUUCUGUUUCCCACACAGAAGGCUAUUGGGUUGAACAAAAGAAUAUGUAUUUUGAUUUACUUUAAAAAAAAAGUGCUUGUAAAUUUCUUAGGGACCUGCCACUUUUGACUGUGGAUCAGUUGAUGUACACUUGUAUUAUUAAAGCACUCAAUAAAACACUGUGGCUGAUAAAUGCACUUUUUGUAAGACAGUGCUUUUGCUUUUUGUAGAGUGUAAAUGGUAUAGCUCUGCAUGCAAUUAAACUUGCAUAAUACCAUUGCAAGUUAAGCCAUUAUGUUUAGUCCUGAACUUUUAAUUUCUCCUUGACAAUAAGUUUCUUAAAAUGUAGAAUUUCUCAAUAAACUCUAGCUUCAAUAUAAGCUUUUUUUUUAAUGUAGUAAAAAAAGCUACCCUCUUACUUACUGGUGCCCAGCUACCCCGAAACCUCCUAUAUAUCUUCUUUUCUACAUCCAUCUUGAUUGUAAUAGUUAAAACAGCUGGUUACAAAAAUAGCCCCACAAUGAAAGUAGAUUAUGGGCUGACGAUUUUGUGCAGCAGGGCUCAUUUUUCCUUUCCCCAGGCUCUUGUAAUUGUAAAAGCAACUGUUAUUUUAAAAAAAUUAAAUCAAGGUUUUCAACGGCAAAAUUGAGCCCACUGCACCAAUCGUUCCCAGCACGUCCCAUAGCAAGGGUAUUUCUAUUCAGAUUUGACCUUCAGGCUAAUUUUAGGUAUGCAGCCAUAGAAGGAAAAUUUCUACUCAGCUAAGGAAACGUGUGGGUGUUGUGAUUUGGAAAAUAUAUACUCUGAUGCUGAUUCUAAAUGCUCUUUGUGUUACAAAGGCAUCCUGGAAAAUCCCUGUCUCCUUAAUUAAACAUUACAGAUGCUGCAUGCAUCACACUUUCUCUCUCCUAUGAAACAACUGUUAAAGUCUUUGGAGCUCAGUAUCUACAUUUAUGAGACACUAAUAUUGUCUGAGAGUCUGGUAGUCUCACAGCUCAUAGCUAUAUUGCCAGGAUGCAGGUCAGUUGAUAGGGGGAGGAAAGUGGGUAGUAUCAAAUGACCUACCUAUUAUAUGUUUAAUAAAUAGUAUGAAACUGUAUAUUAACAAGUAUUUGUGUGUAGUGGAAAGUAUAUUAUCAGAUUUUUAAAUUGGAAUGUCACUUUUUUUAAAUUAAAAAGCCUGCAUUGUUUUCUGUCCUGCUUUAAUAUUUAUUGUACAUUCAUCCACCUUUUGUUAAUGUUUUUAAAAAAAUUCCCUAAAUCCAUUUACAGUUUAAAUCUAUUAUUAGAGAACUACAAAGCAUAAUCAAGAUGUACUGUACCAUGUCAAAGAAAUCUAAUCUGUCAGAGCCAUGGAAAUAUUUAUAUACUUAUACCUUUAUAAUAAUUUGGCUACUGGUAGGUCUAAAGAAAUAAUCUCAAUCUGUUCUAUUUUGUAAUAUAUGUCUGAGACCUUGAAACAUUGUAGAUUCACCACUGUGUGUGUUUGGCAUUUUAUCUGUUUAAAAUAAAUAUGUGUGUGGUUUUGAAUAACAUUAGGCAAAAGCUUCCUAAUUUUAAGAGAAGUAGACUGGUCUACUGGAGUAGUCUGUUACUACCUAGACUUGCUGGUCUAGAAAAUAUUCAUUAUCUGUGGUUGUUUUCUCCACAACUCUUUCCUUUUAAAUUAACUGAAAAAAGGAAAAAAGUUCACAAACAAAAAAAUUACAUUAGCCACUCACCUGCUGCUAAUAUUCCAGGUCAAUAUAAAGUCCUGGAUAUAACAGCUAUGUCUUAGUUUUAAUGUCAUUGGAAUCCUGAUGACAGUAGAAUAGGAGGUUGCGGUCAAGCCUCAAGAGGAAAAGGACUAAGAGGAAAUAAUUAUGGAGGUAGCACUUUGCAUUAAGGAUAUUAAUCCACUUGUGCAAUGUCUCCAGUCAUUUAUGCACCCAUUAUCUUUAUUGGGGCAGAGUGAAAAUCUACUGGUUGGAAUUUGCUAGAGUUCCUUCAUCUCUCCAAAAUUUUGCUUGCAGUUCAGGUUCAUCCAUACCCCCCAGAAAAAUCAAACUGAAGUUGUUGUAUGAAGCCACAUGAACCUAGCAAAAUUAGUUUUGUUACAUAGUCAACAAAACUCACUGUUUUUUCCUCUGCUACCUCUCGAGCAUGGGAUGAGCUCCCCAUAAACAUAUUCGAGGACACCUCGUUGUUCUCCUUUCAAAACUCUCCUCUGAUAUGAUGCCUAAAUAAUGGUGCUAUUGGGCUGGCACCACUGUUUUUCAUGAGACCAGUUUUUGUUACCUUGUGUCUGUUUAAUGUUCCUAUCUGUUGUGUCUUGUUUUAUAGUUAGAUUAUAAACUCCUUGGGGAAAGGAUUUUCUAUAUUUGUACAGUGCCCUGUGUGGUGACUGGGGCCCCUACGUGCUACUGCAAAAAUCGUUUUCCCUACAGCCCGACCCCUUUUCUUUCUAUGGGGAAAGCCAGCUGACCUUUCCUUCUCAUCUCCAUUUAUUAGGGGUGGCCAGUUGAUAGGUACCGUCUCCCUUCCUCUGAUUUCUCAAAAUGUAUCUUCUGAGGAACUGGCCGUCUAUCUAAUCUGCCACUCGGCAGCAGUAGGACCUGCAAAGGAAUCCUCCUUGCCCUUCUGUUACUGCUGCUUGAUUGCUCUCUGGAUUUCAGAUGCUAGUGAGUGCACUACUAUAGGAUCAAAACAUCUCUGACAUCUAACCAGCCACCCGAGCUGAAAACAACAGAGGUGAGCAGAAUAGAAGAGUACCAUCCUCCCUCAUCCCAGAAGAAAGUAGCAUGGUGAGGGGAGGAUCCCGGCCAAGCAAAAGCAAAAUACCAAACCAGGAAGAACUAAUCUGAUUUUGAUUUUUAAGUGUAACCAGAAACCUCCCCCACUUUAGCUAGAUCUCAGAACACCUAUUGGCAUCUUUGGUGUAUUUCAAAUUCAUAGUGUAACUUAAAACCAGGUGAAUUUUGCCAGGGUUUAUGAAAUCUUACAACCAAGGGGCAUUCUGCUGCUGGUUCUUCAGCUCUUAACUCCAGUGUGUACCGCAUCUUAACAGAGAGAUUGCUUUGCAGACCACCUCCCCCAUUCCUCUUGGGAGUUGCAUAACAUCCCCAUGGCAACCAUGGUAAUUAGUGACAUUGAAAAGCAAUAUUAGGAAAAUAUUUAUGUAUCUUUUGCUGGUUUUGGUGUAACAAAUA